AUGGCAGUUGCAACUGUCCUGAGUGGUUUUAGUGGCGUCGUUGUGGCAGCUGCUGCUGGGUGCAGUGGUUUUGCAGGCAGCUUGGGUGGCCGCGAAGUGGCAGCUGUUUGUUUGGAACAGCUCACUGCCCCGAGCCCUCGGAGUGCUCGAUGUAGAAGCCGCUCCUCCAAGAGCUCCAAGAGCUCAAAGAGACGGCGUUCAUCAACUUCAUCUACUCAGCUAUUCCCCCUUGAGCCUCAGCUUCUGGAGGCAUACUCUGUGCUGGGUGUGGACCCUUCCUGCUCCAACGCUGAGCUCAAGAGCGCGUACCGUCAAUCUGUAUUGCGUUAUGACACGGAUUCACAGAGCUUUCACGGUGUGCUAGCAGCAAUGGAGAAGAUCCGGUCAAUUCGACAGACCCCUUUGGAAUUGGAUCUUGUGCCCGACAUAUGGCUGGACUCACGGGGAACUUCCCGGAGAAGCGCAAGCAGCGCAAGCCAUGUGGGUGUCGAGUCAGACCGUUUCCUUGCCGGUUUCUUGGGCGGUGUUGCGGCCCAGCAAGCUGCAAGAAGUGUAAUGUAG